AUGGCGAAGCGCGUGGUGACCUUUGUGACUGGCAACAAGAAGAAGCUCGAGGAGGUCGUUGCGAUCCUCGGUUCGGACUUUCCGUUCGAGGUGCGCAAUGUGUCUCUGGAUCUGCCCGAGCUCCAGGGUGAGCCCGCCGACGUCUCGCGCGAAAAGUGCCGGCUCGCGGCCGCCAAGAUCCAAGGCCCCGUGCUUGUCGAGGACACGUCGCUCUGCUUCAACGCGCUUGGCGGCCUCCCGGGCGUGUACAUCAAGUGGUUCCUCGAGAAGACGGGGCACGAAGGCCUCAACAACCUCCUCACCGCGUACCCAGACAAGUCGGCGUACGCGCAAUGCAUCUUUGCGUUCAACGACUUUAGCGCGGGCGAGGCGACCGAGCCGAUCGUGUUUGUGGGCCAGACCCACGGCAAGAUCGUGCCGGCGCGUGGCACCACCGACUUUGGCUGGGACGCGGUCUUCCAGCCCGACGGGUUUGACCAAACGUUUGGCGAGAUGGACAAGGCGACCAAGAACACCAUUUCGCACCGGUACCGGUCGCUCGAGAAGCUUCGCGCGCACGCCCACACGACCAAGUAG